AUGACUCCACAAGACAUGAAUAUACCCCCGCAAAGCGGUGACAUCCCGGAUGAUGGUGAUUCUGACAUGGGCGACUUUGUGACUACGGAGGAAGAAGAGGGUGAUAUCGAAUACUACUGCGAGGACAGUUCUAGAUAUGACAGUGAGGCGUCAAGAGCCUUCUAUCCAAUCUGCAUAGGAGAAACCCUCAAUGACAGGUACCGCAUCGACCAUAAACUCGGACAUGGUGGCUUCGCUACCGUCUGGCUAGCUUACGACCUUGAAAAGAAGACAGACGUGGCUCUUAAAGUCACCGACUCGAGUCAGAUAGGCAAACAUGAAGCUCAGAUACACGAAGAGAUCAUUCGACGUGUCAAGGACACUUCCCAUAUUCUCACUUACCUGAGGACCUUUUCGCUCCAAGGCGAAGCGUCCAAUCACCACCAAGUUCUGGUAUUCCCCUGGGUCGGCGAAUGUCUCACCUUUCCGAAGCUCGAGAAACUAUCAAUGGCUUCACGGAUGUUAGCUGCUAGGCAAAUGCUUGAGGCUCUUGAUAAUCUACAUAGGGCUGGGAUUGUACAUCGGGAUGUGACAGGUUACAACUGCUUCCAAGGCAUUGCUCCGAUGAAAAAUCAUACGAAGAAGUACAAAUAUGAACUACUUGGUCGCCCUCUUAAGCUACAGUUCGAGAUAUGGAAAUCAGCUCAGCAAGUCAUACCAUUAAAGGUUCCGGUGGAAUUACAGCAAGACACAUUUUACCUUGGAGACUAUAGCCUCGCCAUCAAUGUCGGUGAACAGGUAACCCGCGAGCGAGAAGGCCGGCCACCCAUGAGAUAUUGCUCUCCAGAACGGCUUCAUGGCUUCCCACCCAGCACGGCCUGCGACAUGUGGAGUUACAUGUGUGUACUCUCGGAAUUCUAUUUGGGUUUUCCCAUUAUCAGGAAUACUUUCGGGGGUGAUAUCAUUCCAAGUAUGGUUGAAAGCCUUGGUCCACUCCCCGCUGAGUGGAAGGGGAGUCUUUUCUGGGAAUAUAAAGACCAUUGGUAUGAUCAGGAUACAAAACCAAGUCCUCAAGGCGCCUUCGAAAUCCAAAUAAAACGGUUGCGCCCCGACAUUGAUCAAGCCGAGCUUGAAGUUGCCUCUUCAUUGUUCCGCCGGGGAUUCUGCUUGGAACCAGAGAAACGUCCAACUGCAGCUGAGCUUCUGCAGGAUCCCUUAUUCAAGGCUCUGAUGGACAGAUAUACUUGA